AUGUUGCUAAAAGAGGUUGCAAGGUUUUCGUUGCAGCAUCGCACUUUGUACUGUUAUUUGAUAUUGAGCAUAUGGAUAUUUCUAUUGAUAGCAGGAAUGUAUAAGUACAUCGGCUCCAUAGAAAACAGCAACAACCUACUCACCGCCAAAGGUUACGGAUAUCGUAAAUCGAAUGCAUACCUGUCGGACGAUGUUGACCCCAUGGAAAGGAUACGAGCAAAGGAAAUCAACCAGACCGACUGUGCUCAUCCAUUUGUUAUCGUCGCCGGUGAAGAGGGCGGCUCACUGGAAGGGUGGUCUCUAGAGGGGGUGCUGUUAUUGAUACGCCAUGGCGACCGUGGUCCGAUGGCACAUGUGCGAGGCAUCGGUGAAGUAGAUUGCGGCUACGAAAACGAUCCGGCCCUAGCAAGAUACGUCAGCUUUCUGCAAAACAGUACAACGAGCAGUACGACCGGCGGACACUGGAUGAAAACGGGCCCCUUUCAUGGUUUCCCACUGCUACCGGCCGCCUCCAAGCUGUGCCUGCUGGCCCAGCUAACGCACAAGGGCAUCGCACAAAUGCUGCACGUUGGUGAUAUCAUUCGACAGACAUACGCGACCGCCUUGGGCCUAAAUACGCGGGUCCCGAUAAGCACAUUACGUACCACGCCGUUGAACGCCUCGGAGGGCGUCACAAACCCGACGCCGGGAAGUCAGUACACGAUCGACGAUGUUGUGAUCUACUCCACGCGAUACCGGCGCACGUUCCAGUCGGCCAUGGCGCUCCUUUUCGGUGUGCUGCCAGCGGAGAAGUGGCUUGCACUCCAAAUACAGGAGAGCCACAGUUUGUCCUACUGCUUCUCGGAUUGCGCCUGCCCGCAGGCGGAAAAGCUAAAGAAAAUGCUGGCGAACGAGAUGAACGGCCACCUGGCAAAACAUCCCGCCAUCGGUGCGAUAGCGCAGUGGAUCGGGGCUGCGCUGUUGCAAAAUCCGCUUGCCGCAGGCCAGCAGGUGAACCCGCUGGAAAUACGGGACGCGCUGCUGGCGCACAUUUGUCACGCUGCUCCUUUGCCGUGUCGCAAGAUACGCACGAACGUGCAUGUAGCCGAUGGACACCGGUACGGCACGAAGGUUGGGAGCUCCACGCAGGACCCGCUCGGCUUUGAUGUCAUCAACAUCGACCAGGAUGAGAGUGCGCUCGGCGGAGUGGCUGGACCUCCGGUCAACACGGAGCAACCGGACGAUCUUGAUGCCACCGAACAGGAGCCGGAAAUCGAGGGCUGCGUCGAGAAGAGUCACGUUCUCGCCCUCAUGUCGUACAUCCACUGGGCGGGUAUGAAGGAACUCUACAGCUCCACGAUGCGCCAGCAGGGAUUACUUCGAUCGUACGGACUGCUGCGCAACAUCGUCGCGAACAUGCUGAAAAUGAUUUCCGGCGAUCGCGUGAAGUUUGUGCUCUACUCGGGCCACGAUAAAACGUUCGAGUAUCUAAUAGCUUCGCUGGGCGUGCAGCUUGAUAACCCGUUCAUUCCGUACGCGUCCCGGAUGGCUUUCGAGGUGUACAAAAGCGACAAGGAUACGCAGUACUACUUCCGCCUAGUCUAUAACGGACGUGACGUCACGAACACAAUCGACGUUUGUGAAAGCGGCAAGAGCCUGAACGUUCCACGUGGUAUUCGGGGUGGUCGCGGCCAUCUUUGUCCGAUCGAAAACAUCAUACGGUUCAUCCACGAUGACUACUUUUUUUCGCUAAACGCUUCCAACUACAAGGAUGCCUGCUUGGCGCAAACGAAACAAGAUGGCUAUUUCUAGACAUGACUUCCCUGAACAAAGUAAUAUUUUGCCGCCAAUUAUGUUUACAAGAAGAUAACUGUUAACCUGUGAUAUAAAACCAGAAAAAGCAAAAACACCGAUAAAGGAAUAUGCUUGGUUUAAUUUGUUUGCAGUAGCAAAGCGCUUGCUCAAGUAGAAUCACACAUGUGUUUAUUUAGGAUUUAAUCUGUUUCGGUAAUUUUAUAAGCUAAUCUUGGUGGAGAUAAGUUAGAGUUUUAUUUAUCGAAGAUGCACGAAAAGGAGAACUGAAUUUAGUAAAAAUCGACACAUAUCAAUGAAGCCAGGGCCAAACUGUCCCUUUACUGUUGUAUUGUAUUGUAGCUAUGAUGAAUGUUUCACGAAAUAUUGUGACU